UCCAAAGGGAAUUCCUUCAUGGGAAUGGUGGUCCCGCGUUAAUUCGGGCUGCCCGGGGCGGUUUGGAGUCCCCAUCCCUGCAGGUGGCACUCAGGGCUGGCUGGGGACGCGGGGGGGAUCGGGCACAGCUCGGGCUCGGUGACCCUGGAGGCUGCUCCAGCCUCAGGGAUCCCGGGAUCCUGUGCUUUGAAAGGAACAGAGUGCCUGAGCAUCUCCGACAUUAGCGAAAAUUACUGGUUCUGCUGUGCUUCCUUGGUGAACAAUGAAGGUUCUGCUGCUGAAGGAUCCCAAAGACAAAGAUUCGGGACCAGAUCCUUAUAUUAAAGAAUUAGGAUCAUACAGCUUGGAAGCAACAUUGAUCCCAGUUUUGUCAUUUGAAUUCACGUCUCUUGACAGCUUAUUUGGGAAGCUUUCCCAUCCAGAGUGCUAUGGGGGCCUAGUUUUUACCAGCCCAAGAGCAUUAGAAGCCAUCAAGAUAUGUUUAAAAGAGAAGAGUAAAAAAGAGGCCUGGUCAAAUUCUCUUAAACAAAUGUGGAAUAUCAAACCAACAUAUGUGGUAGGAAAAGCUACAGCUUCUUUAGUGGAAGAAAUUGGUCUUGUUCCACAAGGAGAAAAGGCUGGAAAUGCUGAGAAAUUAGCUGAAUAUAUUUGUUCAAGAGAGAAACCCAAUUCCUCAGCUCUCCUAUUUCCUUGUGGAGCCCUGAAAAGAGAAGUACUUCCUACAGUGCUUAGAGAAAAAGGCAUACCCCUGGAAAGCCUCACUGUUUAUCAAACAGCCCAACACCCUGAUCUGCAGGAGUCUUUGAGCAGUUACUUCUCCCAGCAGGGGAUCCCUGCCAGCGUCGUGUUCUUCAGCCCAUCUGGUGUCAAGUUCUGCCUCCAGCACAUCCAGAAGCUUUCAGGGGAUUUGAUCGACCGAGUCAAGUUCGCUGCCAUCGGCCCCAGCACAGCGGAGGCCCUGCGAGGCGCCGGCGUCGCCGUGAGCUGCACUGCAGGGAGCCCCACGGCCCAGGACCUGGCUGCUGCCAUCCACACAGCCCUGCACCCACACAGCUGCUCCGGGCCCCACUGAGAGCCCAGCCUGCCCAGCACGGUCAGCGUGCUGCUCCAGGAGGGCUUUUCCCAUUUGCAGACCUGUUGCCCUGCGAGAAUGUGGUUUUUGGGAUUAUGAAGCACUGUGCUGGUCAGGGAUGGGUAUGAGAAGGUUGCACUUAAAUAUCUUAAGAAAUCUGGAAUCUGUCCAGCAUCCUUGAAGAAUCCAGCUCUUCCCUUUCCUCCUGUGUGCACUGUGAAUAUUUUAUCCUUCAAAAGCAGCUGUGAACACUGAAAUCAGCCCCACACCUCACCUCAGGUAUCCCCCAGCACGCAGCUCAGGUUGGAUUUCUCUGUGUGAUCAGUUUUACUUGCACAUCUUCUUUUGUAGGAAAAACCCCAUAUUCCAAUGAAGUAUUUCAUUUUGUAAACUUGUUUGCUUGUUUUUCUGCUUUUCAACUAUUUGUAUAAAAAUGUUCAUUGUGGAUUCUUAGUGGAACAGGAGAAUUCUUGCAGGAAGUUGCUCUGUGAGGGGGUAAUUCAGGUCAGCUGUUGCCCCUUGUUACCCUAACAGGGUCUUCAAAAUUAGCUUUUGGUUUCUGUUCCUGUAAUGAAGGAUUUAUGAACAGGGAAAUAAACUGGCUUAUCAGAGUUAAUAAUGGUGUUAGAGUUGUCUGUUCUGGAUGGGGUUUAUGCUUUAAUUGUUUAUCUCUGGAAGGGAAAAUAAUCCUAUUUAGCCUAACGCUGCCUCCAGCUAAUGCCAGGGGCUUCACAGGAGAUUUGAAUCACAAUAUACUCAUUUAUAAUCCUCCUGAAAGUCAUUUGUGUUGUUAGCAGUGCUGAGGCUUCUGGAAUAACAGAGAAACCCUCGUUUGCUGCACAGUUCAGGUGCAAUCUGAGGAUGGGACCUGAAUUUCCAUCCAGGUGAGAGGCUCCACUCCUGAAACAAGAGGGAAGCCAAGUUCUGUUCCUGUAAACUGAGUAACUCCAGAGUGUAGGGGCAUCAGGCACACUGGGCACAGCAGGACACGUGUUUGGCCAAUGAAACACUUCCUGUCUCAGGCUGAAAUGGAAGCUCAGGAGGGCACAAACUGCUGGAAGAUCACAGAAUGGUUUGGGGUGGAAGGGAUCUUAAAAAGCUUAUCCAAUUCCCUAUGAAUGCAUGUAAAACACAUUUCUACCUUUCUGAAAAGUGGUUUAUACUGUUAUUAUGCAAUAAAGACAUUUAUUUGAAGAAGA